AUGCUCCAGCAGGACGUGUCUUUUGAGACGUCUCAAGAGGUGCUCCAGCAGGAUUUACUGCUGCUGCAGCAGCAGGAGGAGGGGCGGGCGAGUAAGGGGAUGGGCAUCUUGCCGUUCCUGGAGGGAAAGCACGUGCUCAUCACCGGCGCCACGGGCUUCAUUGGCAAAGUGUUGGUGGAGAAGAUACUGCGCGAGCAGCCGGGGGUGGGGCAGCUGUAUCUGCUCAUCCAACCCACAGCGCGCGCCACCGCGGAGCAGCGCCUCCAGCAACAGAUUAUUCCAUCGCCCGCAUUUUCCCUCCUGCGCGAGCGGCACGGGGAGGGCUACGAGGCGUUCAUGGCGGGCAAGCUGACGGCCGUGCAGGGCAACGUGGGGGAGGAGGGGCUGGGACUGGCUGAUGACGCCGCUGCUGCUCUGCACGAGUCCGUGGAUCUCAUCUUCAACUUCGCCGCCACCGUUGACUUUGAAGCCCGGUAUGACGUGGCACUCAACAUCAACACCCUGGGCCCGCGGCGGUUGCUCGCUUUCGCCAAGAAGUGCCGGCGGCUUGAGCUGCUGGUGCAUGUCUCCACUGACGUCUCAAAAGCAGCGAGUGCGGAGGAAGUGGCAGCAGCGGUAGAGGCGCACCUGUCCGCGCUGGGUGCAGACAGGUGGGUGGCUGUGUGGGCUUUCGACAAUUCUCUUGCAAGUGACUCAGAUGAGGGAAGAGUUGGGGCGCGUACCUUUGGGUGGCAGGACGCGUACGCGCUGUGCAAGGCAAUGGGGGAGAUGGCGCUGGUGGAGCACCGCGAGGGGGCGGAAGGGGAGGGGGAGGGGGAGGGGGAGGGGGAGGGGGGAGAAGCGCGAGUGCCAGUGGUGGUGGUGCGGCCGAGCAUAGUGGAGAGUGCCCUGCAGGAGCCCAUGCCUGGAUGGAUCGAAGGCUUUCGGGUGGCGGAUCCAGUGCUCAUGGCGUUUGGCAAGGGUGCCAUACCGGGCUUCCACGCUCAGCCAGACGGCAUCUGUGACAUUAUCCCAGUGGACCUACUAGCCAACGCUAUCCUUGCCGUUGCUGCCAGCAACGCAAAGCCACCACGGAGUGCCAUUCCGUCCACCUCCAAGCACCAUCUGCCGCGUGUGUACCACGUGACGUCGUCGGUUACCAACCCGCUGUGCUUCAGCGGACUGUUUGCCGCCACCACCAAGCACUUUGCAGCCACACCCAUGAAGCGCAAGGAUGGGACUGCAAUCUCUGUGUCCAAUAUGAUAGCCUUUCCGUGGCCCUGUCUCUUCAUGGCGGCUAUCUGGUUUCAAUAUGAACUGCCCAGGCUUCUGGUGACACUUGACCCAAGAACUGGACCAGCACAGAAGCAGCAGCAGGCUGCAAAACUGACCAAGAGGCACAAUCAGUACAAGCGCUUGGCUAAGCUGUACAUGCCUUAUUGCUUCGGGAAGGCACUGUUUGACUCAAGCAACAUGGAAGACCUGUUCUCUGCAAUGUCACCUGAGGAGCAGCGCAAGUUCAAUUUCAACGUUCGUAACAUCGACUGGACCCACUACCUGUGCCAGGUUCACUUCCCUGGCUUGCGCAAGUUUGUUCUCAAGGAAAAGGAAAAGGCCCCUUAG